AUGGUGUCUGAUUUUUUCUAUCCAAAUAUGGGUGGAGUCGAAAGUCAUUUAUACGAAUUAUCUCAACGAUUGAUACAACGAGGACAUAAGGUGAUCAUAGUAACUCAUGCGUAUGGACACAGGACGGGUGUUCGAUACUUGACAAAUGGAUUAAAAGUAUAUCAUGUUCCUGCCAAGGUCAUUUAUGCAGAGGCGACGUUACCUACUAUUUAUGGAUUUUUCCCACUAUUUCGACAUAUCCUCAUCCGCGAAUCAAUAGAGAUCAUUCAUGGCCAUGGAGCCUUUUCAGCGUUAUGUCAUGAAGCGAUCUUACAUGGCAAAACGAUGGGUCUGAAGGCUGUAUUCACUGAUCAUUCAUUGUUUGGAUUUGCUGAUGCAUCUUCUAUACUUACUAAUAAGCUACUAAAAUUUACAAUGAGUGAUGUCGAUCAUGUCGUGUGCGUAUCUCAUACAAGUAAAGAGAAUACGGUUUUAAGAGCAGCUUUAUCACCAAAGCAUGUAUCUGUCAUACCAAAUGCUAUCGUCGCAUCUCGAUUCUUACCUGAUCCAACAGCCCCAGAUCCUAAUUGGAUUACAAUUGUGGUGAUCAGUAGAAUGGUAUACAGAAAGGGCAUUGAUUUGCUGGUGGCGAUCAUACCACGAAUAUGUGAGAUGUAUAAAAACGUUCGAUUUAUUAUCGGAGGCGAUGGACCCAAACGAAUCGACCUGGAACAGAUGAGAGAAAAGCAUGGAUUACAUGAUCGCGUCGAGUUACUGGGACCAAUCAAGCAUCAUGAAGUUAGAAACGUACUGAUUCAAGGAAAUAUUUUUUUGAAUACAAGUUUAACAGAAGCCUUUUGUAUUGCUAUUGUAGAAGCAGCUUGUGCAGGGCUCUUUGUGGUAAGUACAAAGGUGGGAGGUGUACCUGAAGUAUUGCCGAGCCAUAUGAUAAAUUACGCUAUACCCGAAGAAGAUGAUCUUGUCAUUGCUAUUUCAAAAGCUAUUCAUAUGUUUAAAUUUGGCAAAGUAGAUCCUAGUAAAUUUAAUAAUGAAAUCAAAGACAUGUAUAACUGGUCCAAUGUUGCCGAAAGGACAGAGAAAGUGUAUUUGACUAUUUCACAAACAAAGAGCUCACCUUUAAUAGAAAGAUUAAGAAGAUAUUAUGGCUGUGGAUUAUACGCGGGCAAAAUAUUCUGUAUGGUCAUGGCUUUGGAUUAUUUAAUCUGGAUGUUUCUGGAGUGGCUAUUUCCAUCUGAUACAAUAGAAAAAGCCAGACCAUUUCCAUAUCAGAAAUAUAGACAGUUUAUUUAUGACACUAGCAAUAUAUCCAAUUCUACUAUGAACGAGUUAAGUCAAAGUAGUGUAGAGGAAGACUAUAAAUAA